AUGCAUCUAACUAGAAAAGAAGACAUUGACAAAGCAAAUGGAAAUAUCAAUGACCUGGCAAGUACUACACCAAUGGCCAAAUGCAUUAAUUGGUUAAAGGACAUAAAGGCUACUAGACUACACAAGAAUGUGGUGAAAUGGUUUAGUGAGAAUAAAAAAUCGGAAGAUUUUUCCUACAGAUUUACCGGUAAAGAAUCUAAGCUGCUCUGUUGGCAUUUUAUGAAGAUUUGUAAAGCUCUGAUUGUUACUAAAGGUAUACCCUCUAGUACAUCACUCCAUCUCUACAGCCUAGCAUAUGCUGGCCUAUGUCUGAGGAACAGUGUUUCCCUAUUCACCAGGGUCCACAUCAAUGAUACUGAUAUCACUUCUCUUAAAAAAGAAUGUGAACAAUACUACAACUGUCAAGCCAUUCUCCUACACACAGUGAAACCUACCACAUGGAAAAUCGGUAAGGCCAUACCAUAUUAUACAACUGAGCUGUUUAAUGAUCUUGGUUUUGGUUUGGGAUUGAAUAGCAUGCAAGGCAGAGAAGCCAAACAUGCAAAACUUGCAUGCUAUGCUAAGAAUACAACCAAGGGUAAGCGUCUUAGAUGGUGGCAGAUUUUUAAGCACGAGUUUAUGGAGCUUAUAUGGUUAAAGGAAAAGGAUCAUAAGCAAGUAUUGAAGAAAUUAAUGUCCACAUCUAAGUCUAAGGAUGAUGCAAAUCAAGAAGAAUCUACCAAGGACACAUACAUUCCUCCAUACUGCCUAGAUAAUGAUGAAUUUUGUGUCUGCGGUCUAUCAAAGUCAAGUUCCGAGAAUUGCUGUUUUAUUUGUUCUUCAGAUAUAUUCAAGCUUGUAAAGCAAACAUGCCAAGAGUGCAAAGUAAACAAAAACUUUGCAAAGUUCAUACCUGAACUACGUAUUUGA